CCUAAGGUAGGCAAGAGAUGCUUCUAGUGUUAUCCACUGCCUGGCUCUCGGUUCUUCACCGAUCUCGACCGUCCAUCCUCGCCAUGGCCUCCGUAUCCUCGGCGCCUUCCGCCGCCAUCGCCGGAGGCAGCGGGGUUGAGUCCCCGGAGGGGAAGCGGGUGGUGGUCUGCGGGGGCGGCGUCAUCGGCGCGUGCACCGCCUACUUCCUCGCGACGAAGGGCACCGCCCGCGUCACAGUGGUGGAGAAGUCCGCCGUCGCCUGCGCCGCCUCCGGAAAGGCCGGUGGAUUCCUCGCCCUCGACUGGUGCGAUGGUAGCCCCCUUGGUGGCCUCGCCCGCGCUAGCUUCCACCUCCACCGCUCCCUCGCCGCCGCCCUCGACGGUCCCACCAACUACGGCUAUCGACCACUCGACACCCUCUCCCUCUCCCUCCUCCCCGACGCAUCCUCCGCGGCGGUCGCUCCGGCCUCGCCUUCCCUUCCUCCAUGGGUCGAUGGCCCCGCGGUCCGGCCGCCGCGGACGAUCGGGACCACUGAUACCACUGCCCAAGUCCAUCCACAGCUCUUCACCCGGACACUCCUCUCCGCCGCCGCCGCGGAGCACGGGGUGGAGGUGGUGAUCGGCGAGUUGGACCGGGUAGAGGUGGAGGACGGCCGGGCUGUUGGUGUGGCUCUCAAGGGCGGCGGCGGCCCUUUCAUUCAGGCGGACGCUGUGGUUUUAGCCCUCGGUCCGUGGUCGAAUCGAUCGCCCAUCGUCUCCUCCCUCUUUAACGUCUCGAGCCUCAAGGCUCAUAGCAUCGUCCUCCGGCCGAAAUCCCCCGCCGCCAUUACCCCUCACGCCCUCUUCCUCACCUACCAACCAGCGCCUGGGGCCAAGACCUUGGACCCCGAAGUCUAUCCAAGACCCACAGGAGAAGUGUACAUCUGCGGUAUGUCGAAGGAAGACGAGGUGCCCGACGAUCCCGAAGAGAUCGUGGGAGAGAGGGAAUCGAUCGCGAUGCUGCAUAAGAUAGCGGGCACUGUGUCGUGUCAUCUGAAAGAGGGGGAGGUGGACGUGGUGGCAGAGCAAGCUUGCUGUUUGCCGUGCACGGAUGACGGAUUGCCUGUAAUUGGGGAGAUUCCCGAGGUCAAGGGAUGCUACAUUGCGACUGGGCACAGCUGCUGGGGGAUUCUGAAUGGCCCUGCCACCGGAUCCUCGCUUGCCGAACUCAUCUUAGAAGGUCACUCCACCACUGCUGAUCUCAAACCUUUCAGUCCCUCCAGGUUUCUCCGCAGGCGCACCAGUUGUCGAAUGGCUGUAAACAGGAGAAGAGCACUUCAACAGCAGUCGGGCAUAAGACCUUGUUAACAAGCUUGUCAUGCUGCAGGUCACGGUAGACUGAGCCUUUAAUCAUGUGGCCCAAAACGUUGAAGCCUAUAUACAUGUCAUCACAAGGCCUCUCAAACUUCUGGAAUGGAAUUAAUUGGGAUACCACAGUCUUCCUCAUUCAAAGUGAUGAAUUGGGAACUGGACGGAGAACAAAAAGGAAAAUCUAAUGAGUCAGAGAACCUGCAAUGCUUCCAUUAAGCUUCUGAGAAUCACAAUUAUAAAGGUUUAGGGUUGACUUGUCGGGGCAAGAUAGCACAUAAAAUUGGCACACGAGAAAUUUGCUGGGUUCUUUUUUUCUUUUUUUUUCGCUGCAUUUGAAGUUGCUUGAUCUCAAAGGGUCCUUUGGAUUCUGAAAGAGUUGUUGUUGUUCACAGGAUCAGCAUGUGCUCGUCCUCUAAUCAAGAGAUUGAAGUCAAUGGCUCAAGCAGCAGCUCGGGGUCCCAGAAUCAUGUUCUGCUAUUAACCAAUGCUUUCCUGUUUCUUAAGCCUGACCACAUGCACAUAACGUGGAAGUCGGCAGCUUGAGCCUGGUUGGUGAAACUAUAAUUUCCUCAAUAUAUCUUUAGAUAAUACUUGAGCACAAGGUUCAUGGACAAGGAGACAAAGCUUUGAGUGAUGCCAACUACAAUGACCCACACUUGAAGACUUGGUUGGUCAAAGCAUAUGGUGGUCAACUUUCUUAAAAUCUCCAACUGGGGUUUGAGAUCAAAAUUACUUUACCAUGUGGCCUCUCUAAUCAGCUCAAGUAGGGAGUAGAAUCAUAGUUGAGAUGGAAGUGAAGUUUGAAAAUAAUUAUUUUUUGAGGAAAAAAUAUUUAUGCAUUCCCUUGAGACAUUGAAUUGUACUGUAUAUCCUUCUAAAACUAAAAAUGUAAUCAUCUUAUAUUUUUUGUUUCCUAACUGAAAUAACAUUAUUUGCUUCCUAA